CCUUCGUCCAACAUUCGUCACGCACCGACCGCGGUUGCUGUUUUCGAAUUGCCCCCUCAGUAUUUCUUGUAUCAUCAACCCAUAGUCCAUCGAUCUCCUUAUCCUCCAUCUUCCCCACAUCGCCGAAGACGGCGCCGAGUGCCCCUGCUCCAGCGAGGCCCCCUCCGUCCUGCUCCGUCGUGGCCUCCUCGCCACCCACCAACUCCGCAUCCUGCGCUACCACGACGGUCCAGGAGGUGUGCACCCGGCUCUUGCACGGACUCACUGUCCCCGAACUCCGGCCCGCGAUAUGCGGAGCGCUUAAGUCGGCCGGCCGGUCUGCUCUUUGGUCUGGAACUAGAGCACGAGACCCACUCCAUCGCAAGCUGCGUUGCCUUGCCGACUAUCCUGGAUGCCGCCUGCUACUUCUUUGAUUACUGGGGAGGUGAACUUAGCGGCGGCGGCCGAGUGGAACGUGGAGGGUGGAUCGACGAUGGAGGGCGAGGGGUUGAAGAUCUUGAGCCAUCCCGGGGGUCGUGCGUCGGAUGCUGCUUCAGCUACUGAAGUUAGUCAUGGCCGCCGCCUCCUGCACGUGCAUACACACGCCGCCAUCGGUCCACCACUUAACGAGGAUCGAAUCAGCGACCGACAACCAGAGGUAGAAGGAGGUAUGCUCAGAGGUCAGAGGGGUAAAGGAGGAAAGCAAGAUGCCGGUCGGAGCCGAGAUAGACAAGGAGUAUGGGAUCUGCAUGGAGCUGAUGUCAUGCUGCCCAACUAUAGCCACGCAAUGUGCUAAUGCUUGCUGGGAGUAAGUAGUAAUAACUAUAACUACUACUGAGGUCCCAAAUGAUGGUGCUAAUGCUUGAGCAAGUUUGAUUCAGUUGAUAAUGUUUUUUUGCACGAAUAAUAUUUUCUUAUACUGAGCAUACUCUUAGUUCCUUGUACCGCAACAAACACGAGAUUGGUCCUACUCAUAUAUUUCUAUAGUGGUACACCUUAAUAUCUAGAAUACAACUUUGUAUAAAAACUCACUUUCGAUAUUGCAUCAUAACGUUGUCAAUAUAUGUCAACUUGUAACUAUGAAAAUCUAAUGGUUAGGUCACAAUCUUCUGCCUAGGCAUGUUGCCGCACUUACUUCAGCUUUUAUUUGGACUUAUUGUCUACUUGUAGCGGAGCAAAUACUACAAUGCAAUUUUACUUUGUCAGUGGAGGGGGUGCAUUUUUUCCUUAUUAUGGCAGUUUCUUUGCAGCUCAGCCAGUAGGCCCUUUUGGUAUGGUAUAAAAAAAAUAGCCCUGGUUAUGUUUGAAGGAAUAUUUAUAGCCUCUAACCAGCUAGCGGCUAGAUAUGAGAAGCAAAUGAACUAUUGUUUAGUUCAUAUUGUAAUAUCUGUAAAUUAGUAUGGAGUUUCUACUUACCACUCCUCGAUUUCCUUAAGCUCAUUAUUUAGGGAGGGUGCAAUGCCUAUCUCAAAGUGACACAAGAAAUAAUGACUUAAUUAUCAGGACCUUCUGUAGAGCUUUCCAUAAAAAUACUAUUAGGAAAAUACAAGAAGUACGACAUGAUCCAAAUGUAGUUAUUUCAUGGUUACCUUUCAUUCAUACCCAAUGAACCAUGUCAUGUUUUUAUUUCCAUCUGUUGUAAAAGAUAUAUCAUAAUUAAACAUUCGAAAAAUUGUGCAGUAUACCUUUAUGUUGUAAAAUAGUCUCACUUUCUGUAUUCUAAAAAUAACGUGAACAUGGACUUAUUUUUGGGGCUAUUGAAUCAAAUUUACUCAAGAACACCUAACCCUGGACUAGACUCUUCAAGUACAAGCAUGUGUGAGCUAGCAAGUGUGAAUCAUGACCUCCAGCAGGCCGGUGAUUCCAAUUCAUGAGUGAUUAAGACCUUUACCAAAAAUUCUACAGACCCGUGAAAUGCUUUGAUUCAACGGGACUAGAAAGCACAUGAUGGCCACCAUCGAUCAGUUGAUUCAUCGUCUUCCAGGCUGCAACCUACUGUAGUGUACGACAUUUAAGAUCAAAUUUGAAUGCAGAAACCACGGUCAUCUGAUGAUUGUUUUUAGCACCACCUGUUACAUGCUUUGGACAUGAUUUGAAUGCGAUAUACCACUUCUCCAGCGUACUGUAUUCCUCGGAUCAGUCAAUCUUGGAAAUUCAGUGAUUAGUGUUAUUGCAACCACUUCUGACCUUUGAGGGAGUAGGUUUCGAUGCUUGUUCUACACUCUACACACCGCUGCUCACUCGUGGUUACUACUCAUCAACUAUUCUGCAUGCACAAGUUUGUCUCACAUGUGCACUGACACUGAAAUAAUUAACCUUGGAAUGUAAAAUAGUGCUUUGCUCCUGAAGUUCAACAUAAGUUAUUCCAUAGACUUGGCCUGCCUAGCUUAAUCUUAUUUGCACAUCUCGUGGAAAAAAAUCUUCUAGGUAUUAUAACUUCCCUACUAAUUUUUGCAAGUUUGCAUUGUAGAUCACCUUCAAGUUUAUGUAUCAUCUUUCAAGUUCUAUGAUGUUUCCUUUUUACAUGUUUGCAUUUGGCUAAACUAUCAUGUAACUGCUAGCAUUAGUCGCAAAUGGCAAUGCAAUCUGAAAAUUAGACGAUGACAGGGUUAGAUUCUGAAUUUUAUAUCCCUAGAAUCUAGAAAUAUUACUCAUGUUAUGUGUUA